ACAGAGAGAGAAAAAAAAAAAGCAAUCGUCGAAAGUCAUGUUCGCUACAAAACUAGUUCUCUUUAUCGCCGUCGCGUCACUUCUCGGAACAUUUUCAUCUGCCGCCGUUGAUACUUUCAUCUACGGUGGUUGCUCACAAGCAAAGUACUUUCCGGGAUCGCCUUACGAGUCAAACGUAAACUCACUACUAACCUCAUUCGUUAGCUCCGCUUCUCUCUACACAUACAACAACUUCACCCUCAACGGAAUCUCAGGCGACAUCUCCUCCGUCUACGGAUUGUACCAGUGUCGCGGCGAUCUAUCCUCCGGCUCGGGAGAUUGCGCAAGAUGCGUCGCGCGAGCCGUUAGCAGACUCGGGAGUCUCUGCGCCAUGGCGUGCGGUGGCGCGUUGCAGCUCGAAGGCUGUUUCGUUAAAUACGACAACACGACGUUCCUCGGCGUGGAAGAUAAGACGGUGGUGGUUCGCCGUUGUGGACCACCGGUUGGUUAUAACUCGGACGAGUUGACUCGUAGAGACUCGGUGGUUGGUUAUUUAGCGGCGAGUAGCGGUGGUUCAUACAGAGUAGGAGUGUCAGGGAAUUUACAAGGUGUGGCGCAGUGCACCGGAGAUCUCAGUGCGACCGAGUGUCAAGACUGUUUGAUGGAAGCGAUCGGACGGCUGAGAUCGGAUUGUGGAGGAGCCGCUUGGGGUGACGUGUACUUAGCCAAGUGCUACGCGCGUUACUCUGCGCGUGGAGGACACUCUAGAGCUAACGGCUACGGUGGGAGUCGUAACAAUGAUGAUGAUGAGAUAGAGAAAACACUUGCAAUCAUAGUUGGCUUAAUUGCUGGAGUUACGUUACUCGUCGUAUUUCUCUCUUUUAUGGCAAAAUCGUGCGAGAGAGGUAAAGGUGGGAAGUAAAUAACGUUAUGGGCUUUUGCCUUUCGCAUCUUGACUCUUUGUAUCAUCAAUAUAUGUUUUUUUAAAAG